CAUGGCUGGGGAUACCUGGCCUCUGGGCAGGAGGCCCUUUCUGAAGCCGUGUACUGGCUGCAGAACAGGGAGAUGACCAGCAGCCGGCAUGGGCCUGUGUUUUGGGCUCUGAAGAGAUUCCAGGCUCCAUCCCUUUUUAGUGGCUAGUGCCUCUCUGGAGCCCCUAGCCCUGUGAAUAGACUAUUGGAGUAGCUUUAGCAUAUUUAUAAAAGACACUGCUCCAGGUCAGUGCUCCUGCACCCCUCUGCACUGACUGCGAUGGCUCCAUUCACUCCACUGACCCUCCAUCACUCCCAGCAAUGGCUCGCGGGCUGAGGCCAGCGGUGGUUUCCAGCUCCCACGCUGGAGCCAUGGGCUGGGCUUUCCGAAGGUUAAACGCCUUGUGGGAGUUGGUUCCCUCUGAUGCAAGGGGGGCCUGUGGUUCCAUCCUCCCACUCCUUGUCAGCCUGUUGUGCUUGAAUUGCCCGUUAGACCUGGGGGGGUUGCCUUGGUAUCUUGAGCCUGUUUAAACCCCACCCAGACAGUAAAUGGCUCAGUGUCCUGCUCUUGGGGGGUGAGGCUGCUGCUGCUAACUGUCUCUUCCACACACCCCAGCUGGGCAGCUGGGUGAAAAUCUUCCCCGUUCCCUCCCGCUCUCACCAGCGCCUCGUGCCAUUCACCAUGGACUCCUCCAGGCCUCUCGGGGAAGGGGCUGCCGCAAGCAGCAGCACACCCUCUAGCUAAAGUUCCCAGGCUGGAGGCAAGCUGCGAGCCAGUCACCCGGGCUUGGCAGACACCUGCUCUGGGCCGGAGGAGGCGCCCCUGGCAGUCAGGCCUGCUCGCUCUCUUUUUAAAUUGCUGUUUAAUAAAAGGAACGUUCCCCUGCAGGCGACGUGCCCUUUGCUCUUUGACUGCAGGGAACCCUCCCUCGGACCCCACCUGCUCUAGGGCUGCACCUGCUGCUCUCAGGACAGCCUGAGCCUUGGCCCAGCCCCUGUGAGGUGGCUAAUAAAGAGUGGGGGAAGUGUCUGAUCCCGGGGGGGAGGUGGCCGGUGCAGUUGCCUGCGCUCUCCAUGGAGCGGGUGCCAGGGGGUUCUGAGAAAGGUCCCUUACUGUCGCUGUACUGAGCAGGCUCCUGCAUCACCUGGCCAAGAACAGCUGGGAGCCCCCCAGGCGCUGCUGCUGCCCGCUUCCUCUCCUGCUGCUCCUCCCCUUGCCAGAACGUGGGCCAUUCCCUGGUGAAGGCUCUGCACAGCGCACCCUCCCCUCAGCAGCUGGCUGCAGUUGGGUUAUACACGGCUACAGGCGCUGGGGAUUCUCGCUGCACCCCGUGCUCCUUUCCCUGUCUCCUCCCUAGGAGAAGGGGCAGGGGCUCCUUGUUUUACACGUGGGGAGCAGAGGAGGUGACUCACCCACUGUGCCUACAGGGAGUGGAUCGCAGAGCUGGGAUGAAAAGGCAGAGGCUUGGCUCCCUCUCCCUUUCUCUUUGCCAAUUGGGGUGGGGUCAUUCCUGCACUGGCUCUCAGGGCAGGCAGAUGGGGGCUGCCUCCCAGGAAGAGCAGUUCAGUUUUUUAGCUGACUUUGGGGGUAUGUGUCUGAAGUCCCCAGGCCCUAUUCUGCGGGGAUGUGAGGGUGCAGCAUUAACUGCUGGGAAAAGCACUUUGAGAUCCUGGCAUGAAAAGCAGCAACACUGGAUGGCACAUCUGCCCCAGAGGAGGGAGCAAUAUCUGCAAGGGGAUGGAUUGAUGGGUGGGGGGAGUAAUCCUAUGCCCUUGGCCCACCCACUACCCCUGGGACUCCCCAGCAUGGUGCCUCUAACUGUAUUAUAGGCUCAGGGGGCUGCACCCACUUCGCAUGGGAGUGUCCCCAGGGCUCAGGGUUGGCCUGGCCCAGUGCAGUUGCUGGCCCUUUCGCUGUUCCCAUCAGUGAGAGCUGAGUGCAUUUGAAACCCCACCCUUUAGCCAAAGCCCAGUGCCCCCCUGCUGUAUUUCCCACCCUUCGACCUCCCUGCUGCCAUGGUGGGGAUGGGCAGCACUGCUCCCGCCCCUGGAAGAAGAGGGUUGGGUAUGGGCCUUUGAACUGGAAAUGGGGAUCUUAAUAGAUUUCCAGGGGCUGAUGUACGGCAGGGGGAGAGCACGGGGGUGAGUGGCGGUCAGUGUUGGUUUAGCUCCUGCGCACACCUGUAUCUCACACCUCAUGUAAACUUAUGGGCCUGGAAGAAAUUCACAGUCACGGCGUAUGCGAGCACGUGUGACUCAGCUUGCCACACUGGCCAAAUGCAGGCAAACAGCGGCCCCUGACUCCAGCCCUCCUCCCCGCUAGUGCGGAGAGAGCUUGGAGACUGCAGGCCCUGCACAGGCUGAUGAGAUGGAGCGUGGCAGGCUGGGAACCAAAGGCUCUGGGGUUGGCACCUCCAUUGCAGAGAAAGUGCAUGGCUGCCACCUGUCGGUUCAUGCCAGUCGGGUGCAGUCCUUGGGUUCUUUGCCAGCUGCCAGCAGCCCUUCAAUCGGGCCUGGAUGGUUCAGGUCGGUUGGCUGACCCUGUUCGAGAUGGGGAUCACAGUUAUCAAGUAUCAGUAACUGAGGCUGCCUGCGUGGGCAGCCAGAGCCUGGGCAUUACAGACACCCCGCGCCUUCACCGAUGGGCAGGGAACGGCUUUGUACAGUAGGUGUGUGCGUCGCAUGGCACGUGGGGCCCUGCUCUCCUAGCAACAUUUCCUUUGUGAGUGCAUGGAGAGGGGCUCCCUGGCAAAGGGGGCGCAUUUCCCUGCAGUGUUCGCAGGAUCUGGCUAGUGCAGGCAAAGCUCCCGGCCCAAGAGCAGCAGGAUUUGUCCCUGGCCUUCUGCAGCAGGGUUCCAGGGCAGCAGGCCCAGGGGCUGCCCUAGUUCAGGGGCAAUUGGAAGAGACAGGAACAAACGCGGGGCUCAUUAAAUUGUCCUUGCCCUUUAAUUGAGCAGGGGUCUCCCGCAGCUCCAUGGAUGGGGGACACUGGGCACCGGUGAGCACCCAGGCCCCCGCCACAGGGCGACUGAACUCUGCCCACGCCUCCUCCGGGCUACACGGAUCACCCAGACAGAGCCUCCGGCUUUGUCUCACAGUUCUAAAGCUGCCAUGGUGACCAGGGAACCAAACGGUACCGGGACGGCAGCCGCCCCCAGAGCGACAAUGGCACCCGGCAGGGAAAAGCUGGGCAAGGGCAGCAAUGUCCCCUCGCUCCAGCAGCUCCUGAGGGAAGAGGAGUUGGUGAAGAAGGAGGCUGCCUAUGAGAAUCUGGUUAAAAGCUGGGCGUGGGGCCGAGUCCUCUGUCUGGAGAGGGAGAAGCAGGAGGAGCAGAGGUUGGUGAAGGCCUGCCAGAACCUGCGGGCCUGCGUUGCGGAGGAGCUCUGCUUUGCUAACAAGGCACUGCUGAUGGUCCGGCGUGCAGCCCUGCGCUACCUUCUACACUGCGAGCACCUGCAGCACCUCCGCGAGCUGAACCAUGGGGGGAAGUCCUUCUACCUGGAGAGGCUGUAAGCACCCAGCUCUGGGGAGCAGAAACCUGCUCACACCAGCCCCCUCACUCCACCAAACUGCGACCCACCGCGGCCCAGGGUUCCUUGGGACCCCAGGCUUUGCACCUCACGGCACUUGCCCAUCCUGCCCCAGAGCCGCCCUCCCGAUGGGACAGUCGUGGCUGUUGCUAUUUCAGAGACAGCGACAAAACCUCCCGAGAAGAUUAAAGUGUUGAGCUAA